GAGACGACUCAGUGUUCUCGAGUCAUGGGAAAGAUUCGUUCAAAAUGAACGAAACGAAACAUCACUAGAGCAGAGCAUUAGGAGAGGACAUGAGAAACAGCACCAUGCGGAGACGGAGCUCCACUUUCUCCUCCGCCGCCUGCGUCUAUCUCCUGAUCUUCUGCACGGAGCUGUGUGAAGCAUCAGGCUACUUUGAGUUCCGUGUGCUGUCGGUCAGGAAUGUCAAAGGGGAGCUGCAGAGUGGCUUGUGCUGCGAUGGCACAAGGAACGCUGCGGACAACAACAGAUGCACGUGGGACGAGUGCGACACGUAUUUCCGCCUGUGCCUUAAGGAGUACCAGUCCAAGGUGACCCCUGGUGGACCCUGCAGUUUCGGCAGUGGAUCUACGCCGGUGAUCGGCGGGAACGUCAUCUCGCCCAAGAACCUGGCGGAGAACGACGAGGCUCGCAUCGUGCUGCCAUUCAGCUUCCCCUGGUUGAGGUCGUACACACUGAUCGUGGAGGCCUUGGACUUCAACAACGACUCGAGCACUGGGAGCAGCGGCGGUGAAGUGAUCGAGAGGGCCAUGCAAGCGGGGAUGAUCAACCCAGGCAGACAGUGGCAGAGGAUGAGACACAACGGAGGCGUGGCGCAGUUCGACUACCAGAUCCGCGUCACCUGUGACGAAUACUACUACGGCUUCGGCUGCAGCAAAUUCUGCCGGCCGCAAGACGACUUCUUCGGCCACCAUGACUGUGACCACAACGGCAACAAGAUGUGCCUGGAGGGCUGGGCUAGCCCCGAAUGCAGCACCGCCAUCUGUAAGCAAGGCUGUAGCACUAAACACGGAUCCUGUAAGGUGCCCGGAGAGUGCAGGUGUUCGUAUGGGUGGCAGGGGGAGUACUGCAAUCAGUGUAUCCCAUACCCCGGCUGUGUGCAUGGUACCUGUGAGGAACCGUGGCAGUGUCUCUGCGACACCAACUGGGGAGGACUGCUCUGUGACAAAGCUUCCUGUGUGACCACUGCCUCUACCCCUGGUCAGAGUCUUGUCGCUUGGUGGUGCUCACUGAUGCUGUGGAUGGAUCUGUGUGGACAGCCUGACCCAGGAGACAGCCAUGGACAGAGCCACUUGGGGACUUUCACACCAUCACAGAUCUGCCAUUACAUCUGUCAGCUUGAGACAGCAAGGAAUUAGUGUCUUUAAUGACCUCAGAAACUACAGUGACCUAAUAGUUCCCCAUGAGCCAUUUAUUGCUGUUGUAAAAAGGACAUUAAUCAGCUACAGUUACAUUAUUUACUGUCCAGUGUCACCCAAAUGAGGAUGGGUUCCCUUCUGAGCCUAGUUCUUCUCAAGGUUUCUUCCUUAUAUCAUCUCAGGGAGUUUUUCCUUGCCACCGUCACCACAGGCUUGCUCAUUUGGCAUAAAAUAAAAUAGGGAUAAAAUAGUUUAAUAAUUUAAUUUAAUAAUUUUUUAUUUUUUAAUUAUAUAAAAAAUAUAUCUAUCAUUCAGUGGUGUGCUGUCAGGGCCAGCAAGGCCUUCUCUGCUGGCCUAAACAGCAGUGAUCCGAAUCACUGACUUGCAUUUUAAUAUAAUUAAAAUAUUUUUCCAUGAA